CCCCAAGGUUUUCACUUUCUGACGUCAUAACGCAACAUGUCACGCGCUUUCACGCUCCAAAACACAGCAAAAGUGUUGGGUGUUACCCAGAAAUUUACGUUAAACCGUUGACAUAGAAAUCCCAACUCUCUAAUAUAGUUAGCAUCAGCAAAUCAAAAUGCUCCACGUGUCAUUAUAUUACAUUUUUAUUAUCUUUUCCAAUUGGCAUGUGUUUCCUCUCCCCUGAUUCCAGUAACCAGAUUCGCCGCAACCCCUCUUAGAUUUUCUCCUCUUCUGAUCCCUUUUCCUUCCCUCUCUGCAUUUUCUGCAUCUAAAGUUUCCAACUUUGAUCAAUUCCCAUAAUUGGGUUCAUCAAUUUUCAUACUUUAUUAAAAAACAAAGAUUGGGUUGAGCUUCAAAUUCAACCAUGGGAAAUGCAUUGAGGUUCCUGUGUGGGAAGUGCUUCGAGCCCUCAGCAGCUGAUUCUGGAUCACUUGGGCCACACGGUGUCUCCUCCGCCACCGUCGGCGUUUCGGCACUUGCUCAUGAUCUCUUUCAAUUUGACAUCACCUCUCAGGUCCCGGAAGGACUGAGCAAUCAUGUUGUAUCUUCUAAGAAGGCUCAGGCUAACUGGUAUAGAAAGUUAGUAGAUGCUUGGAGAGAAUCAAAACCCCCUCCAAAGACACCUGAAGAAGCAGCUAGGCUUGUGAUUCAGACCUUGAAGAGACACCAAAAAGCAGAUGUUGAGGGAUUACUGGCUUUCUAUGGUCUUCCACUACCUCAUACCCUUGUUGAAGUAGCUGCUCAACCCCCUACAUCCUUGCCAGAUGGAGUGAAAUUUGAAUUUCACACCUUGCCAGUUGAUGCAAAAGCAGUGGCAGAUGGUGAUACUGUAACAGUGUAUGUUAGCACAACAGACCCCAGGGAAUCAGCAUAUGUCCCCGGCAACGUGCACGCAGCAGCGGUGCAAAGAUCAGCAGCGCGUGCUCGGAGGAACUAUGAACAAGCGGAUGCACUUCACCAACAGAUUAUCGACUCAGGAUAUCGGGUGAUUGUUCAUCAAAAUGAGGAAGUCCUUGCUAAGAAGUACCGGAUUCGACUAAGGGGAAUUGAUGCUCCUGAAAGUGCAAUGCCAUAUGGAAAGGAAGCUAAAAAUGAACUAACAAAGAUUGUUCAAGGAAAGUCUUUGAGGGUCCUUGUAUAUGGAGAAGAUCGCUAUGGUCGUUGCGUUGGAGAUCUCUACUGUAAUGGUGUUUUUGUACAGGAAAUGAUGCUGAAGAAGGGUUUGGCAUGGCACUACUCAGCCUAUGACAAAAGACCAGAACUAGAAACAUGGGAAAAACAAGCAAGAGCAAAGCGAGUUGGAUUAUGGGCCUCAAAGAAUCCAGAGAAACCAUGGGAAUGGAGAAAGGACAAGAGAGAAGCUAGAUAACAUCAUCAAAAUGCCAAAUGCAAAAUAAAAUUCUGCCUCUUCCAU